AGCCGCGACCUCGACGUCUCCGCCAGAAGUCGGAUAGUGGUGCCGGCGCGAGCUUAAGUCGCUUAACUCGGAACACGGAUAAGUAGUAGUUGAUCGCGAACGAGCGCAGAAACAAGUCGUGUGGCAAAAGAGAAAGAAACGUUUUCAUUUCGUGCUUGUCUGGCCGCCCAAGACCAUCGAUAGCCUCAAGACUCACUCAAAAAUAAACUUAAGUUUUUUUUAAAGGACGCGACUUUGAAAGCAACAAACUAAGUGUUCGGAAUUAAUAUUAAUAAAAAAAGUUUCAAUACUCUGGAGUACCCAUAAAACAAUCCCGGACAAAGUGUUUCAAACAGGUGCACCCGUCGUCAAGGACAAGGACAAGCUCUCACACGACUCUUCCUGCCGCGAAAAGUACAAAACGAAAGCCGUGCGAGCGCACACACGGUGUAAAUGAAUCGGAGAGCAUGCUCGGCGCCGAGUUGAGUGCCGGGCGACACGCGUUGGCUUGGGUGCUGGGCCAAACGGACGUCUGGUAUCUUCUGUAUCGGUGCGCGCACUACGUGAGUAAAUCUCAAUCUGCGGCGCACGGAGGCGGCGGAUACGCGCCGGAAAACAAUAGCGGCGUAUCCAUUCUGGAGAACCUGUUCACGCUGGAGGAGGAUAUCGAUGAAUACCAUGGACCCAUUCAUGAUAAUCAACAGCAAUGGAAUCGAUUCGAACUGGAGAUGCUCAAUAAUGGCUCACUCAGCCUAUCACCCACACACGUCGUUUCCCAACGCGAGAAUCAGCAGGUAAUGCAACCAGCCAGUGCACCUGGUUCACCUCCAAGCAGUCCAUGCUGUUCACCACUAGGCUCACCCGGCACACUCGACCCCAACUGGCAGGCCAGCAAGCCAACCGUUCGCGAACGCAAUGCGGCGAUGUUCAACAAUGACCUGAUGGCAGACGUGCGCUUCCUCGUCGGCAGCAUGGGCUGCACGCAAGUCAUACCUGCACACAAAUAUGUGCUUGCCACUGGUAGUUCUGUAUUCUAUGCAAUGUUUUAUGGUGGGUUGGCGGAAUGCAAAGAGGAGAUUGAAGUACCCGACGUGGAACCGUCAGCAUUUUUAACGCUUUUAAAAUAUUUAUACUGUGAUGAAAUACAAUUGGAAGCCGACACGGUGCUGGCAACACUAUACGUGGCGAAGAAGUAUAUCGUACCACACUUGGCGAAAGCAUGCGUAAACUAUCUCGAGACUAGUCUGACGGCGAAGAACGCGUGCCUCCUGCUCAGCCAGUCGCGCCUCUUCGAAGAGCCGGAGCUGAUGCAGCGCUGCUGGGAGGUGAUCGACGCUCAGGCGGAAAUGGCGCUCAAGUCCGACGGCUUCGUGGACAUUGACAUGUCGACGCUGGAAUCAGUACUAGCACGCGAGACGCUAAACUGCAAGGAAAUGAAUCUCCUAGAAGCGGCACUUAAUUGGGCCGGUGCUGAAUGUAUGCGCCGCGAGAUUGACCCAACACCGACAAGCAAACGCGCUGUUUUGGGCAAUGCUUUAUAUCUGGUACGCAUUCCGACAAUGUCUCUCGAAGAAUUUGCAAAUGGCGCAGCGCAGCUAGGAAUUUUAACACAACAAGAAACCAUUGAUAUCUUCUUCCACUUCACGGCGAAUAAUAAACCCAGUCUACAGUAUCCGAUAAAACCGCGCGCUGGUUUGAAAUCACAGGUUUGUCAUCGUUUCCAAUCCUGCGCGUAUAGAUCAAACCAAUGGCGUUACCGAGGCCGCUGUGACAGUAUACAAUUCUCCGUGGAUCGCCGCAUCUUCGUCGUCGGUUUCGGCCUGUACGGCUCUUCAAAUGGCGCAGCUGAUUACAACGUGAAAAUCGAAUUGAAACGUUUAGGCCGUGUGCUUGCCGAAAACAACACAAAAUUCUUCUCGGACGGUUCAAGCAACACUUUUCACGUGUACUUUGAUAACCCGAUUCAAAUCGAACCGGAGUCUUUCUACACAGCGUCAGCGAUCCUCGACGGUGUUGAAUUAAGCUAUUUUGGGCAGGAAGGCAUGAGUGAAGUCACAGUCGGCACGGUAACGUUUCAAUUUCAAUGUUCUUCCGAGAGCACAAAUGGCACAGGCGUACAGGGCGGGCAAAUCCCCGAGCUUAUAUUUUACGGGCCGAAUCAUGACGAACAUUGAAAGUAUUUUAAGAUACUGUAAAUAUACUUAAAAACAAACACUAAUAUUCUAAGAAACAACAAUUGCAAGCAAAAAAACGUAUUUUUCUUAAUAGAUGUGUCUCCGUAGUCGGUUAAGAACGUACAAAGUUAUUAUUACUAUUAAAUAUUAAUAUUAACGCCAUAUAUGAAUAUGAAUGAUUACAAAAUUAUUUUUCCAACCGCUGCUGUUACCGAAGCGAGACGUAUGUAGCACGAUAGUUGAUAGCUACGGUUUACUAGGCGUUAGAGGCAUUAGUUUUACUCUUAGACGGUGACGACAUGAACUUAAAUCGACCACAACUAGGCGUCAACUAGCAACUGUUAUUUAAUUGUAACCAGCGAUUGUUUUUAUUGUAAUGAUAGGGUGGCAGCUUCGCCAACUUUUUAUGUACUUGUUUAAUGUGAUAUCUAGUAAUUUGUUUACUGUUCUUGCUGUAAGGCAACUUUUUUUAUUCUUGCGCACGCCAAUCGUGCGAUUUGUAACUCAUUUUGGUUAACAAAUGUAUUUACUGAGUCUGUCUAUACCUUGAAAAUCUCACAUUUACAUAUGAUAUAAGUUUUUACUAUAAUCUAUCUCUUGUAUUAGUAAAGAUUACAUCCUUUAGUAAUAAAUAAUGUAAACAUUUA